UGACCUCGAUUUAUGCCCCUCCCACAAAUGCAGAUACUGUCAAAAUCAUCUGUCUAUUAUAUUUCUUGAAGAUGUCCGGAAAUAAAAAAAUUGAAGAAGGUUUAGAACAUAUAAGGAAUGCUGAGAAAAGCUUGAAAACAAGUCUUUUGAAAUGGCGACCUGAUUAUGACAAUGCGGCAGACGAAUAUAAUAAAGCAGCAACAUGCUUCCGGAAUGCAAAAUCCUAUGAUCAGUGCAAGGACUGUUUGUUAAAGGCUGUUGAGUGCCAUAAACAAAAUAGAGCUUUAUUUUAUGCGGCAAGAGCUCUGGAUCAAAUUAUUCUGAUUUGCAAGGAAAUGGGAAAUUUCAGAGAAAUAUAUCAACACGCAGAAGCUGCUGCUAAUAUGUAUCAGACUCAUGGAAGCGGAGAGUCUGCUGCAUCAUCUUUGGACAAGGCAGCUAAAAUUCUAGAAUCACACAACCCAGAGGAGGCUUUGAAAUUAUACCAACAUGCUGCAGAUAUUGCAAUUGUUCAAGAUAGUUCCAGACAAGCUGCAGAAUAUGUCAGUAAACUCGCACGAAUCUAUGUUAAAAUGCAACAAUAUGACUUGGCAGCAGAUGCUAUUAGACGUGAGCUAGGAUUACAUCAAGAAAAUGAAUCUUAUCAAGCUACUGGAAGGCUUGUAGUAGCAUUAGUUUUAGUUCAACUAGCAAGGGGAGAUGUAGUGGCAGCUGAAAAAGCUUUCAAGGAAUGGGGAAAUUACUGUGAAGGUCCAGAGGUUCAAACAUUGGAGACACUUCUGCAGGCAUAUGAUGAGGAGGAUCCAGAGAACGCUAAGAGAGCAUUAAACAGUCCAUUCAUAAAACACAUGGAUGUUGAAUAUGCUAUUCUUGCAAGGGACAUGCCAUUACCUCAGGGCAUAAUAGUUCCUCAAAAAGUUACAGUCAGGGAAAAUGCUGCACCAUCAUACGUUUCGCCGAAUUCUCAAUCGUUACAAAAGGAGGACUCUGUGGAGGGUAAAAUGGAUAGUCAGCCCCCAACUACAAAGGAACCCAGUGACGACGAACUUGAAGAAGGAGGAUUAUGCUAAAAAUUCAAUGGAUAACUCCUAUCAACCUUUUAUUUAUAGCUUUAAAAUUAAUUUAUUUAAUCUAUAUGUAUGUAUAUAUCGAUUUUAUAUAUAGCAUUCCUUAAAAACCACAGUUCAAAUCGGAUAUAGCAAUAUUUUUAAUGGUAUCUUUUAAUGUUAAUGCCAUAUUCUCUAUAUAAUUAUUACUAAGUUGUGAAACUGCUAUACUAUAACUAUACUAAAUAAUAUAUGACGCACUAUUUUUUAAAACUCAUCAGUGGCCUAAUCGAAGCAAAUAGAUAUUGCUAUACCUGCAUUACACAGAGUUUUAUUUACUGAAUAUUUGCAACUUGGUGACUAAUUUGUAGGCAAUAUGUUUUUGUGAUUUUAAACAUUUAAUUUUAUUUAAAUGUUGUUAUUUAAACAUUCAAUAAUGCAAAUGUAUGUAAAUGUAAACUUAAAUAAAAAAUUAGAUGAGCCAUG